AUGGCUAAUAUAGUUCAGUUAGCCAAGCAACACCGAGCUAUGGCCAUUGAAUACGAAGAGAGGGGAGUAUUUGUUGGAGCCAUCCGCUCAUAUAAGCUCGCUGCGGAGGGCUUUCUGAAAGCCGCGAUGUUCUACGAGGACAAAGUCUGGAGCGAUAUGUACAAGAAGCAGGCCAUGGAUAUCAUAACUCGUUUAGAUCAGAUACACGAUGCUCAGGCCAAGGGUUUGCUACGACCCCCAAAGUCACCAAUUAGCGCCAAUAAGAACGAUGUGAGACAAGGUGCCCCUAGCAAGGAAAGUAAGGCGAGCGACCCUCUCAGUGCUGCUAUUUCUAAUGCAAUCGUUCGUAUGAAGCCUGACGUCAAGUGGGACGAUGUUGUGGGCCUGGAAAAAGCGAAGGAAGCUCUCAAAGAGGCCGUUAUUCUUCCAAUGAUGUUUCCCCAGCUCUUCCAAGGCAAGCGCGAGCCGUGGCGCGGGAUCCUCCUGUACGGAUGCCCCGGCACCGGCAAGUCGUUCCUCGCGAAGGCGGUCGCUGCAGAGUGUGACGCCACCUUCUUCUCUGUCUCGAGCUCGGACCUGGUGUCGAAGUACGUCGGCGAGUCUGCCCGCCUCAUCAAGGCCCUCUUCGAGCUGGCCCGCGCAGAGAAGCAGGCCGUCAUCUUCAUCGACGAGAUUGACGCCCUUGCCUCUGCUAGGGGCGGCGGAGAGGAGAGCGACGCGUCUCGCCAGAUCAAGACCGAGUUCCUCGUGCAGAUGCAGGGCGUCGGCAAGACCGGCGGGAACGUCCUGGUUCUGGGCGCGACAAACUACCCGGAGGCGCUCGACAGCGCCAUCCGCCGCCGCUUCGAGAAGCGCAUCGAGAUCGUCCUCCCAGACGCCGCUGCCAGAAAGAAUAUCCUACGAAGUGGUAUCGGCUCCACGCCUAACGUGUUGACAGAUAGUGACUUUGCUGAGCUAGGAGAAAAGACAGCCAAUUACUCUGGCUCCGAUCUUAGUGUAUUGUGCAGAGAGGCUCUCAUGGUUCCGAUUCGCGAACUACAGCGCGCUGAAUACUUCACUAAAAAGGACGGGUUCUACUAUCCAUGCGAAGCCAACGAUCCUGGUGCAGAGAAGCUUUCUCUAACCGAUUUCACACUCAAUAGUGACGAUAGAAAGCUCGGCGUGCCGCCGGUUACCAGGAGACAUAUGGACAUGGCCCUGAGUACUACAAAAUCCUCAGUUUCAAAAGCUGACAUAGAAAGAAUUAAUAUGUUUUCCAAAGAGUUCGGUGAAAGUGGUGCCUAUAAUCCAGACGUAGAAGCAGAACCAGAACAGAACCCAAGCCAUGAUCAACCGAAGGCAGAUUCAUCCGCUUCUGCGGGGAAUGCUGGUAAGAAGAAUACAUCUCCUGCAAAGAAGUCGCAUUCGAGGGCAUCUACGGGUGGAUCAAAAUCUGGAAAAACUUCCAAGUAA